AUUGUGCGCCGCCGACUGAUUUGCCGCGGCUGCGCAAAUCCGAGCUCGGAGCUGCGGCCUCCGUAUAUCUACUGGCCUGGUGGUACCGCGUACUCGGGUACUGUACCCUCGUGACUCGUUCCGUACCCUUAGUCCGUGCUCGUGGCACAUACACACCGCGUUCGACUCUCGCGUACAAUCUAGCAGCCGCGCCGUCGACGCCGACGCCGACGCCGACAAUCACCUUCUCUCACGCUGUGCUCCGUUCUCCACGCCGUCGCUACCACCACCAUCUCUCACCCUCUCUACUCACUCGCUCUACUCCUUCCACUUUCGUUCGGCGCUCGGACAACCACAGCCGCGCAACUGGCUCGCUCUCUCGCACCAGACGAAAUAUACCGCGAGAUAAAAACAUGUCGAUGACAGGCGUCGUGCGGAACGUACCGAAACGUCAGUGCCGGUCCGAUUCGGGACGACGCGUCGCGAUAUAGAGAAAGAGAGAGACGGAGAGGGAGGAAGAGAGAUCAUCGCUCAUCUGACAGAUCAGCACGGACCUUCUGUCUAAAGAAAUCGUUGCAGAACGCUGUGAAGAAGAAUCGCGACAAAUUCGAUCGGAAUUCUCUCCGUUGAAGAAGAAGAAGAGAGUGGCGAUUAAAAAUUCGCGUUUAUUAUCGUGAUUAUUUUUCUGCCUCCAGUUUGUUUCAUUUGUUCAUUUUGCUGGUUGGUUCGUUGGUAACUUACGGUGUACGGUUUACUCAUAUUUGUUAUUUAACAACACGGUGAUCGUUAUCUGUGAAUCGAUUUAUUGCACGACUAGUGGACCUCGAAGACGAGUAUCCAGAAUAUUCAGGGACAUAGUGUGUGUCGACGCGUUAAGCGGUUACGGUGUCCUGUGGUUGAGCAGCCACGGCAGCCGGCUACGCUUCUGCAUUGGAACGUGUUGUUUAUGUGAUGAACGUGGUUUAAUGGUUGAUCCGCUAAAACUCUUCUGGGUUAUUACCAACAGCACCUAUUUAGUGACGAAAUUCAUUCGUAUUGGAAUAGCUGACAAGAACGACAAUCCGCCUUACUUCGACAAAGGCCUCUACGAGGCUGAAGUAGACGAAAAUGAGGAUAUACAACACACAGUUCUCACUGUCACCGCCAAAGAUCACGACGAGUCCUCGCGUAUUCGAUAUGAGAUUACGAGCGGUAACAUAGGCGGUGCAUUCGCCGUGAAGAAUAUGACUGGCGCCAUUUACGUCGCAGGUGCAUUAGAUUACGAAACGAGGAAAAGGUACGAGCUUCGCCUGACCGCGUCUGAUAACUUGAAAGAAAAUUACACGACGGUCGUGAUACACGUGAAGGAUGUAAACGAUAAUCCGCCUGUCUUCGAGCGCCCGACUUACAAAACGCAGAUCACAGAGGAAGAUGACAGGACUUUGCCUAAACGCGUCCUCGGGGUCACAGCCACCGAUGGGGAUAAGGAUAGGCCACAGAAUAUCGUCUACUUUUUAACUGGUCAGGGUAUCGAUCCUGAUAAUCCAGCGAAUAGCAAAUUCGAUAUCAACCGCACCAGCGGAGAAAUUUACGUUCUAAAGCCACUGGACAGGGAUCAACCAAAUGGAAGGCCACAGUGGCGAUUCACUGUAUUUGCUCAAGAUGAAGGCGGAGAAGGUUUGGUUGGAUAUGCUGACGUUCAAGUGAACCUGAAGGACAUCAACGACAAUGCACCUACGUUCCCACAAGGCAUUUAUUUCGGGAACGUCACGGAAAACGGAACGGCAGGAAUGGUUGUAAUGACCAUGACAGCGGUCGACUAUGACGAUCCGAGUGAAGGUACAAAUGCAAAACUAAUCUACUCUAUUGAAAAGAAUGUCAUCGAGGAGGAAACUGGCUCGCCAAUUUUUGAGAUUGAAUCGGAAACCGGUGUGAUAAAGACGGCAGUAUGCUGUUUGGACAGAGAACGCACGCCAGAUUAUUCUAUACAAGUGGUAGCAAUGGAUGGAGGGGGGUUAAAGGGGACGGGGACAGCAUCUAUACGAGUGAAAGAUAUAAACGAUAUGCCUCCGCAAUUCACAAAGGAGGAAUGGUUUACGGAGGUAGACGAAACGGAAGGCCCAGAUUUGCCGGAAAUGCCAAUUCUUACGGUCACUGUACACGAUGAGGAUGAGACCAAUAAAUUCCAGUAUAAGGUGAUCGAAAGCAGUGGUUAUGGUGCUGAUAAAUUUACCAUGGUAAGAAAUAACGAUGGCACGGGUUCCUUGAAAAUUGUGCAAUCGUUGGACUACGAGGACCAAUUGCAGAGCAACGGAUUCAGAUUUAGGAUACAAGUUAACGAUAAGGGCGAAGACAAUGACAACGACAAGUAUCACGUUGCCUAUUCCUGGGUAGUCGUGAAGCUACGCGACAUAAAUGAUAAUCAACCGCAAUUCGAGAAGGCGAAUAUUGAGACCACGGUUCCUGAAAAUGCUCGCAUUGGAAGCAGUCUCGAAACAUUCACAGCCACCGAUCCUGAUCAGGGUGGUAAAAGCAAAGUGUUCUAUUCGAUCGAUAGAAGUUCCGAUCGUAAGAGGCAAUUCUCGAUCAACGAAAAUGGCACGGUAUCGAUCCAGAGAAGUCUCGACCGUGAAGAAACCCCGAGGCAUCAGGUGAAAAUCUUGGCCAUCGACGAUGGAAUUCCACCUAAAACAGCAACAGCCACGUUAACAGUAAUCGUACACGACAUAAACGAUAAUCCACCACGAUUUCUGAAAGAUUAUAGACCCGUGCUACAGGAACACUCGCAACAGAAAAAAGUAGUAGAGAUCUCAGCGACGGAUGAUGACGAUCGAUCGAAGAGCAAUGGACCACCGUUUACUUUCAGGAUGGAUCCAAAGGCAGACGAUGUGAUUCGUGCCAGUUUCAAAGUUGAGAGCGAUAACAAGGGAGCGAACGGGGAUGGCAUGGCUAUUGUGUCAUCGUUACUAUCGUUUAACAGAGAACAACAAAAGGAGUACUUGAUACCGAUCGUUAUCAAAGACACAGGAACUCCAUCAAUGUCUGGGACCAGUACUUUAACUGUUAUUAUCGGGGAUAUUAACGAUAACAAAAUGCAGCCUGGAUCGAAGGACAUUUUUGUAUAUAACUACGCAGGACAAUCACCAGAUACAGAAAUAGGCAGAGUUUACGUAUUCGAUUUGGAUGAUUGGGAUUUACCGGAUAAAAAGUUCUAUUGGGAGGGUUUAGAGCACGCUCUAUUCAAGCUGGAUGAGGACACCGGUAUGAUUUAUAUGAAAUCAGGCACUCACGACGGUAGAUAUCAUCUACGUUUCAAAGUCUACGAUCGGAAGCACACGCAAACAGAUGUCCCAGCAAACGUGACAGUCACGGUGAAAACGAUUCCUUUCGAAGCUGUAUUAAAUUCUGGUUCGGUUCGAAUAUCUGGUAUAACAGACGAAGAUUUCAUUCGUGUUUGGGAUUAUAAAUCACAAACUAUAUCGCGUAGCAAAGCAGAAUUAUUUAGAGAUAAAUUGGCGCAUUUGUUAAAUAUCGAUAGAGAAAAUGUAGACGUGUUUAGCGUUCAAUUACGUAGAAUGCAUCCACCGUUGACAGACGUCAGAUUCGCGGCCCAUGGAUCGCCGUAUUAUAAGCCUGUAAGAUUGAAUGGAAUCGUACUAAUGCAUCGUGAAGAAAUCGAGAAAGAGGUCGGUAUUAACAUAACGAUGGUCGGCAUCGACGAGUGUUAUUACGAGAAUGAAGUAUGCGAGGGUAGUUGCACAAACACCUUGGAUAUUAGCAGUUUACCAUACAUGGUCAAUGCAAACAGAACCGCCCUAGUGGGCGUGCGGGUGGAUGUAAUCGCCGAAUGUACAUGCGGAGCUCGGAACUUCAGUAAAGGGGAAUCAUGUAGAAACAGCCCUUGUUAUAACGGAGGUCGUUGCGUGGAAGGUCGAUUUGGGUUAUCAUGUCAGUGUCCUGCUGGAUAUAAUGGUCCAAGAUGUCAGCAAACUGCGAGAAGUUUCCGUGGAAAUGGCUGGGCUUGGUAUCCUGCACUAGAAAUGUGCGAUAACAGUCAUCUGAGCUUCGAAUUCAUCACUAAAAAACCUGACGGAUUACUAUUAUACAAUGGGCCUAUUGUUCCCCCUGAGGCUGACGAAAUUAUGGUUUCUGAUUUUAUAUCCGUUGAACUGGAACGUGGAAUACCUCGACUGUUGAUAGACUUCGGUUCCGGUACUUUAGAGUUAAAAGUGAAGCCGAAAAGAACUUUGGACGACGGAGAAUGGCACAGACUCGACAUCUUUUGGAACACGGAGACGGUGAAAUUAAUCAUCGAUUAUUGCAAAUCCGCGGAUAUCUCAGAACCGGAAGACGGCACGCCACCAGAAUUCAACGACACUAGUUGCCAAGCUCAAGGCACCAUACCACCCUUCAACGAAUAUCUAAACGUAAACGCGCCACUUCAAAUCGGUGGUUUAUAUGUCGAGCAAUUCGAUCCAACUCAUUACAAGUGGAAGCAUAUGCCAGUUGGUAAAGGUUUCGAUGGCUGCAUCAAGAACCUCUUUCACAAUAGCAAGCUUUACGAUCUAGCACAUCCUGGAUUAUCAAGAAACAGCGUAGCUGGCUGCCCUCAAACCGAGGAAAUCUGCAACAACCAGGAAUCCACCUUCCGUUGCUGGGAACACGGUACUUGCGUAGGAAGCUUCACUGAAGCUAGAUGUCAAUGUAACCCAGGAUGGACUGGUCCAGGAUGUAUGACAUCCACUAUACCAACGACAUUCAAACCACAAAGUUACGUCAAAUACGCGUUGUCGUUCGAACCGGAUAAAUAUUCCACUCAAGUACAGCUGAGAUUCCGCACCCGAGAGGUCCAUGGUGAAUUGUUUAGAGUCAGCGAUCAGCAUAAUAGAGAAUACGCUAUUUUGGAGAUCAAGGACAGCAGACUGCAUUUCCGUUACAAUUUGAACAGCCUGAGAACUGAGGAACGAGACAUAUGGCUGACUGCGAUAGCUGUUGAUGAUGGACAGUGGCAUACAGUUAGAGUAUCGAGAUACGGAUCAGCUGCAACUUUGGAAUUGGAUGGUGGUGAAGGAAGAAGAUUCAAUGAAACCUUCUCCUUCGAAGGACACCAGUGGCUAUUGGUUGACAAACAGGAAGGAGUUUUCGCGGGCGGCAAGGCUGAGUACACUGGAGUGCGGACGUUUGAAGUGUACGCGGAUUAUCAGAAAGGAUGUCUGGAUGACAUAAGACUAGAGGGCAAACAUCUUCCAUUACCACCUGCUAUGAAUGGAACACAAUGGGGUCAAGCAACCAUGGCCAGAAAUUUGGAAAGAAACUGUCCUUCGAAUAAACCCUGUGCCAACGUCAUUUGUCCAGAACCAUUCGAAUGUAUCGAUCUUUGGAACGAAUAUGACUGCACAUGUGGAGAAGGAAGAAUUCCAUCGCCUGAUAGCAAAGGAUGCAUGGACAAAAACGAAUGCAUAGAUUAUCCUUGUUUGAACGGUGGUAGAUGUAUCAAUCAAGAUCCACGCUUUAGAUAUAGAUGUAUUUGUCCCGAUGGUUUCUGGGGAGAAAAUUGCGAGCUCGUUCAAGAGGGACAAACGUUGAAACUCAGUAUGGGAGCUUUGGCAGCUAUUUUAGUUUGUCUUUUGAUUAUUCUUGUUCUCGUCUUAGUGUUUGUCGUCUAUAAUAGAAGAAGAGAAUCUCAUAUUAAGUACCCUGGGCCUGAUGACGAUGUGAGAGAAAAUAUCAUCAACUACGAUGACGAGGGUGGCGGAGAAGAUGAUAUGACCGCAUUCGACAUUACCCCGCUUCAAAUUCCUAUUGGUGGCCCUAUUCCAGAAAUGGGCGGCAAGCUACCGCCAUGUAAAAUACCCUACACACUAGGACCAGAACCAAACGUGGGCAUCUUUAUAGAAGACCACAAAAAGAGAGCUGACAGUGAUCCAAACGCACCACCGUUCGAUGAUCUACGAAAUUAUGCAUACGAGGGUGGCGGAAGCAUCGCAGGUUCAUUGUCAUCGUUAGCCUCCGGAACAGACGACGAGCAGCACGAGUACGAGUACUUAGGUGCUUGGGGACCGAGAUUCGACAAGCUAGCCGACAUGUACGGACCGGCGGAAGAAAGCGAAGAAGAAGACUAAGAAUAUCAUAAAGGAUCUCUACAAUCUGUAAGCUCGCACGAUUUGUACACCCUCGGAGAAACAGUGUUUGCGUGAGCUUAAAAGAGAAGAAGGAAGAAAAGAAGAGAGGAAAAAUGAAGAAAGAGACUAUCCCCUUAAAAACGCGUGUGCUCGAACGAACUUUCUAUUACGAAGACAAGAAAAAAGAAGACAUACGACAGAAUCGAAGAAACCGUAAAAACCAGUGUUUUUUGCGUUAUUCGAGCAACAAAGACGUUCCGUUUUGUUGAUGAAACAAGUGCACGUUUCCAGGCGCAUAUUUUUUGCGAUGUGCACACGCGGACAAGAACGAGGCGGCCACACGGUGUGCGCGAUUACGAGAAAAUGAAAGAGAGAGAGAGAGAGAGAGAGAGAGAAGAAUUAACACCCUCUGGUCGAAAUUUUAUAAAAAUGAAGCUACUCGUCGAUAUUGAUGUCGAUUUCACGAAAAGAGCUUUCUAUCCAUUUCCCUCAGCCGUAAAAAAAGAAAAAGCAAACGAACGUUAUCGCAAUAAGAAUCUCUAUCGAAUCAUGAUCAAUCGUCACGACACACCGUAGGUGGCGCAUAAUUCUCAAAGGGUGUAAUACCUAUCUGUAUAGCACGUUACGCGUAUACGUAGUGAAUUCGCGCGUGUCAGCCUGCACGCGAGACUUUUCUAUUAUAAUAAAAUAAAUCUAUAUAUAUAUAUUAUAUAUGUACGAUUCAUUAUUUUUAGUCACAGUCAUAGUUACUAUUUCUCGGUACAACCGUUCUCGAUGUCUCGGUAUUCGAUCGGUUAAAAUUAUCAUCGGCGCGACAGCAUCGGUUCUACUGGAAUUAUAUUCGUGAACACGUUACUACUGCCAGCCGUGCGCGUGAUAGGUCGUUUCUGUUUUACCUCAUCUACAUUGGGUCACCAAGUGGCCGUAUAUGAUACUUUCAAGGGCAUUUCUCAUUUAUCCGUCUUCUAAAUCCCACUGAACUUAUUCAUCGUAUUCGGAUGUUCAGAUGUAGCUGGCGGGAAUUUUUUCGUUUCUUCCGCGAACGCGCACCGGCUAAUAGGAACUCCCCGUGUAACGUACCAUGAACUCGUAUAUUGACGUUGUUGAGUAUAAGGGAAGAGAGAUCUUGAGUAAAAUGGUUCAUUCGCGACGCCUUCCUGGUUCGCGCGAUGCGAACGAUCCUAAUGUAGUCUAUCGUACUAAAAAUAGGGAUUAUUUAAGAGAGUGCGAGAGAACGAGAGAGAGAGAGAGAGAGAGAGAGCGAAAGAGAGCGAGCGAGAGAGAGAGAGAGAGAGAGAGAGAGAGAAAGAGAGACACGUUUAGUUGUUGUUCGCGAGUCGUGAACCAUCCUCAUCGUUGUCAUCGUCGCCGUCACCGUCACCCGCAUUAGUUAUUGAUAGUAUUAUUAUUGACAUUACGAUAAAUAUAUAUAUUAUAAAUAUGGAUUUAUAUAAAUAAAUAAAUGAAUAAAUAUAAAUAAAUAAAUAUAUAUAUAUAUAUAGAAAGAGAGUUAAAAGAGAGAGAAGCGCACGGCGGAAGACAAAGGGUACUGCAACGCAUGCGUGCGGCGCAUGAAAGUCCGCAUAAACAAAUUGAGAAUUACCGCGCGCGUAUGUAAUUAUAAUUAAUAUUAUAUAGCGGUAUAAAUAUAAAUAUGAAUAUAAAUAUAUAUACAUAUAUAUAUAUAUAUAUAUAUAUUAUAUAUAUAUAAAUGAAAGAAUCGCAUACAAACGAAAUCACAUUGAAAUGAAGAUUAAAAAGACAAAAAUUAACAAAAAAAAAAGAAAGAGAAACAGAGAAAGGAAGAGGAAAGGACCGUAAUGGCACGAUACGAGGGGCCGGUUGUCGAGAAAAGCUCACGAUUCAAGUCUCGACGUAGGGUUAAUAUUUAUUUUCUGUCGAUGGUCGAACCGAACCGGUCAACAAGUUGCAAUUACAUGAAAGAAAACAGUGGAAUGAAGAAGUGAAAGCAAAAAAAAAAAAAGAAAAAGAAGAAAGACGAGAAAACUGAGAAGGAAAAAGAAUGGAAUGAAGGAAAAGCGGAGGAACGAGGGAAGAGAAAAAUCGGCGAGCGUGCGAAAAAGGAAAUGACGCGAAAAGUCCCUUCUACGUCGCAGCAUUGAUGGCGGGUUCGAUACCGCGAAUGGUUUCGUUGCUCGAUCAAUGCCCUUGGUUGAUCGUAAGCGAAAAAUCGUUUAUGCUACGACGAUAAUAAGGAUAGCGUCAACCUAGUGCAUCUCCAUGCAUGUGUCUCGACUGAUUUGUAAAAUUCUCUACGGAAAUAUUAAUAGUCAAUUUAUCGAUUAGGUGAAGCCCCGUCGGAUCGAGUGAUCCGGGCGUAGUGUUUAAGCACUUGUACGAAUAUUGUAAGUAACGUCGUGUAUUUCGGUGUGCCGGUGCCGCUCGUAAUGUGCCGCGAUCGGUACCGAGCAUCUCUGUAUAAUUGUCCUACCAAGAUUCGUCGUCUUGCGUAUCGUUUCCCGGCAAUAUUUGUGAUAUUACGUUUUCCGCGCCCGUUGUCUUCGACGUCCGUUUACGUCUGUUCCUCAUGAGCCUCUGAGAACAUCGAGAAACACAUCGAAAUCUCACUUUAAGCUACGUUCACAUCGCGCGUACGGGUUUGUCCCCAUAUCUAAUUUUUCAUUAUUUUUCUCUAGAUGUUACCACCUUAUAUGUUCGCCCGAGAUGUUCGUUUUCGUAGAUACGAUAACUAAUCGCUGUUCCCUCUUUUCUUGUUAUCAUUGAAAUUACUUGAUUCGAUGAUCACGGAGGGAAAAAAUGAUAAGUCACAUUUGUUUUUCACGCGAGUAAUCUUAAAAUCCAGUACCUUCUCGACUAAUCACAUAUCUAUAACCUUCUCUUUUUAACCCCUUUUUAAACACUAAAUAACUUCAAGAUCAGAAAAUCGACAAAGUUGUACUUAUCGUAUUUUUCUCCUGUACUUUUCGUUUCUAAGUAUCACCAGACUUUCUACUGAAUUACGAUAGAUCGCAGCAAGAUUCUAGAUAUUGGUAAAGUUUCGUUCUCGAAUGUUCAGCUUAAAUGAAUCUCUAUAUUGUUAAGACAUCUUCUUAUAAAAUUGUUUCUAACGAUAAGAUUCGUAAUAUCGAACAAUCCGAAUUUCUAUUAUCACUUCGAUUAUCCGUAAUCGUUCUUUCAACGAACGAUUAAACUUUCCAUUCUAUGCUACCGAAAAUGUAGCUGUGUUUCUCAAAGAUUGUUAAUCCGAAUUCGUUGCCUCUUUAUCAACCGAAACAGAUUUUAUCCUUCUCGACAUACCGAGACCGCUACACUUCACGUUUCUCGAUGUCGAUAAGGUUCUUUACCAUUGAAUUAUCGUUGUUUCAUUGUCUCACCGUCCUCCUUCGUAGUAGUACACCAUUUCGUUUCUCCGGCCAUUCCUAUCGUCGAUUUUACCCCGCCAAGUAGUUUCUAAGCAGAGACAGUAUUCGACGGACUGGCGUUAUAGGAGGACGAACGGUUUAUCGUUGAGUAACUGAUAAUGAGUUGAAUAGCGCGCACAAGCGCGCACGUGUGUGUACAGUGGCAAAAAAGAAGAAAAGGAAAAGAAAAGAAAAACGGUUGUCGCGUGAUUUUUGAAAAGAGUAACUCGGCAGCAGAUUAGAACGAUCCUCGAUUUCUUGGAGAUUGGCUUUGCAAGAAGGAAUUAAUAGGUCCCCUGAAACUACAUUGUUCUAGGACAUCUCCCCUUAUUCGAUAAACAAAUCCAAUUAGACGUAUACUUUGAUAAUGCAAAGCCUUAUCAAACUAUCGGACAUUUUUUAAAAUAAUAGAUACGUUAAAAGAAUAAUAGGAAAUAUUACGUUCGUUUCAACAUAUUGUCGAAAACAUAACGUGUAUGUACGUUCAUUUACCAACAUCAGGCAGUAGAAACGUGGAUAUAGUAAGAACGUUCUUCGUUAAAACGAAGACUUUAAUUAUUCUUCAUUACGUAAUUCCAUAUAACUGUAAUGGUGUAACAUAAUUUUAAAAAGAUCUAAAUGUUAGUAAAGUCAACUUCCGAGACUCACUUUUACGAUGCGCAAGUUUUCAGCGUCAUUCGACAAUUUGAUAAGAAGCGUUUAUCUCCAUUCGCUUGACCUAGGCACCUCGAAAAAUUUGCGCGAUACCUGAAAGGACGCAGAACCUUACGAACAGCGAAUCAACGAAAAAUUAUGCAAUUUUUUCGUUCUUACAAAAAUUUCAUGUCCUUGCUCAUAUUACGAGGCGAAGUAAAAUUUACAUGUAAAAUAACGCCGAAUUCAUUCACUUCGACAAUACGAAAACAUCUGAUAUUUGCGAUCGAAAUGAAACAAAUGGUACAUCGACGGGCUAGCAAGCUGUGUUUUUUAUCCUAACAUCUUCGUUAAACCGAAACUCUCGAUAUCGUAUAUUCGUUAGUAUAUAUUUUUAUAUAACUUGAAAGCGGAAGCAGUUCGUAAGGUGCAAAGGGAAUAUCGUUCAGAGCCCCGCUAACCAUCCGAUGUAAAUAUAUAAUAUUUGCAAAACGUGUCAGAUUCGUUGAAGAAGUAUUCGUUACGAUUUCGUUUGCCACUGAUGGAGCGUAUUUAGUUGCGAAACGUACAAAAGAGAGAGGAAGCUGUUGACGCGAGCUCGAGGAAGGAUCGAGUAGAAAGAAGAAAGAAAGAAACGGUCGUUGCGACGAAAACGUUCCUUAUUCUCAUUCCAUAAGAUCGUUUUCGUAGUUGGUCGAAAACAAUCUCUAUUUUUAAGAAAUAGAAACCUAAGUAGCUUCGUUUUUAGUAAUUAAUACGAAAUUCUGUAGUCAGCUGAUAUUUAUAAAUCUUUCUGUUUCUAACGUGUAUUUAGAAACGUUUUCUUCGUAUUUUCUGUUUAUUUAUAUUUAUAAAUAACGAUUAGUAACAUAGCCUGAAUUUUGAAUAAUAGCAAUAACGGAUUUCUUAAUACAUUGUAAAUGUUCAAAGCGUGUCACGAAUGACGAGUAAGUGAGUCUAGAAAAAGGAAAUCUGUAAAUUUUGUAGAAUAAUUGUGAAUAUUUAACGUUUCUUUAUGUACGCGGUAAUUACCAACACUUGUGUCAUUUAUAUUUUUAACGUCACGACGUAUGUAUUAACCGAUGCACUGAUCAUACAAUACAAUUCAUUAUACGAAACGAAUUUAAUUUCAUCGAAUCAGCAUAUCUUUUAUACGAAAGAAAGAGAGAGAGAGAGAGAGAAAAAAAGGAUACUCCUGACAAGACGACAGCGUUCUCAGGAUCGAUUUACUUUUCAAGCAAUAUCGUUUUGUAUUAUACACCGGAUUUCAUGUAUUUCGAAAAUGUUAAACUUUACAGCCGUCGAAUUGCUUGAACGACCCAAAAGUCAGCGUCGAUCGAACGAUAUUAAGUUAAGGUACCAUUUGAGGCACACACGGCUCAACUUUUUUACCGAAACCGAGUUAGCACGUGAACAAGAACGUCGAAAUGUAUUUAAGAAUAAACGAGAAUGAAAAAAAAAAAAUAAAAUCGAAAAAGAAAGAGCGAAGCGUACUUAUGUUCGAGAAGAUCUCAAAAUGUUGAGAUCGGAAAAUGACGAAUGUAGGUAUCGAGUUUUCCGAUCGAGGCGAAUAAUCUGUAAUAAAAGGAGAGAAAACGUGAAAGAAUGACAGCCACGCGAACUCACGUUACAUAUCUGUAAAACUUUUUUCCAAGCACUGCCUAAUCGUGCACAAAGAACCGAAGCAGCUCAUGCCUCGAUCUCAAACUAAUUGAGAUUGAAACGGAACGAUGCGAAGAUAAUAUCUACAACGGCACUAGUCCGCUUUGAUCGAAUGCUCAGCGACGACAGAAACUUUUUCUUCCGGGUUCGGAAUUCUUUCUAGCUGUCUUUGUUCGUUUGUCGUCAUCAGAACGCUUUUCAACGAACGCAGUUUGUAUUUGCGAUGGCGACCGAGUGAAACACAUCUGCGUAUAUCGAAAAACGAAACAUUGCUCACGAGGAUGGGAAUAUUCGGUUGCAUAUGCGUACUCGAUGUAUCUUCUCCUUCCUGUUCGAUAUGAAGUCAAGAAUUUCAAUAUCGAUAUCGUCUUCUCUUUUUUAGAGUAUCUAGUUACAAUAACUUUGAAAGUAAUUCUAGUCAAAAAAUUAGAAUAUUUUUAAUUAAUAUAUCCUGACGAUUUUUUUAUUGAUAGAUUAAUAAUAUUUCAAUUAAUAUGUUAAUUUUUAUUUCAAAAUUUCCUUCAGAUCGGAGAUACAUGCUUUUGUCCAUAUAACUUGCUCGUAAUGUUAUAAUUCGUUUAAAUACGAUUUUUCUUCGAUAUCGUAAUGUUUGAUAUACUCGUGAAUAUUGCAUUGUCCUGAUUUCAUAUUAAAAAGGAUCAAAUUAAUGUCGCAUUGCAUCCAACAGAAAUAUUUCUGGACAUCGAGCAAGCAAGUACUUUUUCACAUUGUCUUGGUCACCGCUCCACCCCACUGCGACCUUCCUCCCGAAGAAAUCGAUAAUUUAUAAAAACGAUGAAUCAGUGUGGCGCGACGCGAGAAACAGAAAAGAAAAAAGAAAGUAUAUCGAGGAAAAUGUAAAAGCACGAUCGAGGAGCCGACUUAUUAUCGUCGGUCAGCGAUAAUGGAUAAAUCAUUGUAAUAUAUACACUUCGGUGACAAAAUGAUUGUAACGCUGCCACUGAACACAUCCCGUGUAGUACAAUUACCGUAUAUAUAGUAUUCCACAGUAUACUGGUACACACCGUAUUAUUAAUUGAAUUGAUAUUUAUUAACGAUUAAUUAUUACAUUAUUAUCACUAUAUUAUCUAUACCAUUUGUACUUUGCAUUUCAGUUGGAAUGAAAUAAAUGCCUUCUUUUUCAUAAAAAUAAA